AUGCAAUCGUCUCGUGCAGUUCUUGCCUCAUCAUCGUCCCAAACAAAUCCAUUUCCACUAUCAUUAGAGAACGUUUCACCGGUGCCACUGAAAUCGUCCGAUUCUAUUUCACCUUUCAACAAUACUUUCAAGUUGUUUGAACAAGGAACAAAACCAACUGUGUCAAAAACACCAUUACCACUGACACAAAAUACUGAGUUGAAUGGUGCACGAUUAGAUUUAGGUAGAGAAAAUAAUGAUUGGAACAAGUCAUCGGUUCAAGAAUCGACAUCAUUUCCUUCAUCAGCAUCCACAUCUGUUCCGCAUCAAUUUCCUGCUCUUCCUUCAUCAAGCACAAGUUUUAAAAUGGAACAAUCUAAUUUUGGUCUUAAUACUAUGCAAAAGAACACGUUGCCUAAUGAACAAGAAAAGCGAGCGACAACCGUAGCUUCAUUAUUGCAAUCAACAAGUUUACCAGAAAAUACUAAAAUAACUACAAACAAUUCGUCGAAUCUUCUUCAAAUGGUUAAUCAAUUUCAUAGUCAAUUGAAAUUAUUAGACAAAUCUUUCAGUGAAAGUAAAACAACAGAUCAAUAUUCAACUGUAGUUGAUAAAUCACUUGAUUUAAUAACAAAAUCAUUGACUGAGACGACACAAUCAUUGCAGGCUGCUAAUCGAACAUUAAAAACAUUGGCAAAUGAUCAUCUAGAAUCAUUGGCAACAAUUGAAAAUGCCCGUCGUCAAAUAAAAUUAGUUCAAAAAGAGAGUCUAUAUCAUUUAUUACGCGAUAGACAAUUAGAUCCCUGGACACAAAAUCGUUUAGAUACAAUAAAAAUGAAAUAUGAUAAAAUCAAACAUGAUUUGGCUGUUAUUGUACAAUUAACACAUACACAAAUUCAUGAUAAAUCAGUAAUGAAUAAUGAAAAUGAAGAAAAUGAUAAUGAAGAUUUUUUGCCAGAAUUAGAGUUAUCUUAUUCAACUCAAACAUUAAAACAUCAUAUUCAAAAUCGUAUUCGUGUAUUAAGUAAAAAAGUAACGGCAGCAGAAAAAGAUAUAGAAACAAUUUGUUCGAACUUAAAAUCAUGUAAAAUAUCCUCAAAUAUUGACAAUGAUGAUGAGCGAGAUAUUGAGAAGAAGAAAUUCAAAAAUUCAAGAUUAACAACAUCUAGUAUAGAAGACAAUGAUUCUCAUUUAUUAUCAUUAUUACAAUCAACAAGAGCAAAUUUAGUACAAAUCAAAGUUCCAGCAGCUGCUGUUAUUACACUAUCAGAUAUUGAUGAAAAACAUCAAACACCACAGAAAAAAACUGAUGAAUCAAGUUCAAUAUCAAAAAAUAUUUUAUUAUCACAGCUUACACAACAAUUAGGAGUGCUUCCGUCGACAUUAGCUCUAUCACCAACAGAAUCCGAAAGUUUCACAAAUAUGUUACGUCUUGUUCGUACAUCAAUCGAUAUAGUUUCGGGUUCGGCAAGUCCUGAAGCGUUAGAAGUUAUAUCAAAUACAUUGUCAGCUAGUCCAAUACAAAGAGAUAAACAUAAAACUCAAGAAAAUCGAAUAAAUACGAACACGAUUCAUAAAACAACACCGGCGACAACGAUAAACCAGCAAAAAGCAGCGUUUCAACCACCACCAUUAAAAACAAAUAUGCCGUUACUGCGUGAGCAACAAUCUAUCUCAUUGGGAACUCAAAAUGCUUCACCAUCAAAACCACAACAAUCAUUUACAUCUUCAUCAGAAAUCAAUACCGUCAUUUCUCAACAACCACCACCUAUUUCUUCACCAAUAAAAAGUUUAAUUGGUGAUCCAGUGAAAACGCCAACUCGUGUAUCACAGGCUGAUAAUAUUUUGAAACAACAACCGCCUCCAAUAAUCGUAACAUCAACAGUUCUUCCUACAAUUCUUAAUCCUUCGCUCAUCACAACAAAUGCAUCAUCUGCUUCAAUCUCAACAGAGGCUGAUCUUCGUUCAUCGAUAAACAAGACAUUAACGCAGCCUACUGUACAACAAGAUGCUUCUAUCAGAGCAUUACUCAAUGAAUCAAUGCCAACACAGUCAUCAACAGCUUUAUCUAAAACCAUACCUCAAAGUGUACCAGCCUCUGUUGCUACAACAUCAUCAAGCUCUCUUGCAUUUGGUAGUGGUUUCACAAAUGCAAUUACAUCGACACCGCCAUUAUCGACACCAAAUGGAUUUGGUUUUGGCAUUACAGUAUCCAACAUUCCGGCAUCAUCAGCAAUCACCUCUUUGGUCACAUCUGCAGCACCAACUACGUCGUUGUCCUUUCCACUUAGUGCUGGUUUUAGUACAGUUACGCCAUCAUCUGCAGCAUCAACAACGAAUGUGGUUUCAUCCACUUCUUCGACAGUGGCACCACAACCGUCAAUAUCGGGAUUUAGCACUGGAAAUGUAACACAAACUACACCAAGUACUCAGACCACGAACGCUCAAAUAACGGGAUUUCCUUCGCCAUCAUCAGUUAUUACAACAACACCCACGUUUCCCUCCUCUACGCCAUCUUCAACUUCCAUAACAACGCCAUUUGGUGCAACACAAAAUAGCACAGGCUUCGGAAGUCAGCCCUCGUUACCAUUUAAUUCAUUUCCUCAACUAAACCCAGUUACAUCACCGCCUUUUGGAGGUUUCGGUCAAUCAGCUCAACUUGGUUCAAGCGUGUUUGCUGUGAGCAGCCCUCCAACAGGAACAACACCAACAACAAUAUUUGGAAGUGCUUCAACCGGCAAUCCUGCAAUGUCAGGAGGUUUUGGUAGCCUAGCAGCUAACACAAGCCCAGCAUCAACUGGCGGCUUUGGAAGUUCCGGUUUCAGUUCACCACCAUCAACUGGUUUCGGAAGUUUUGGUUCUCCUACUUCACAAACACAAGCAACAGGCGGUACAUUUGGAGCGUUUGGAGCAAAUUCAUCCCAACAACCAAGUGGAGGAUUUGGUAGUACUUUUACAGGUUUUGGUCAACCAGCAAGUAAUAAUGGUGGAAGCACUUUUAACUUUGCUGGUUUUGGUCAGAACACCUCAACACCGAGUCAAGGAAUAUUUGGUCAAUCUUCAUCAGUGUUCGGUUCCAGUUCACUUCCUCCUGCACAGCCACAAGGGCCAGCUUUUGGAGGUUCUCAAUCUUUUGGGGCUCCAACUCAACCUACGGGUAAUUCGUUUACAAGUUAUAGAAAAUGA